AAACCAGUAUCGUGUUUACAAAGGGGCCAUGAGGACUUGUCUGUGGAAAUUGGGAGCAUUUUUAGUACACUUGAUCCAUACGUGGUGAUAAUGAGACGUCUGAAAUGUUUUUUUAACAGAGAAAAUAAUAAGAAUGACGAGUGAAUAACGAGAUUUAGUUUUUUUAUGUAUAAAAAAAGCAAGUUUGAAUGUUUGAUUCAUAUUCAUCUGUGGAAUUUAUUUUCUAUACGAGGUUCGAAAGGUGACGAAUCAAUAGUGUGGAUUUUGGAAAUUUUGUGCGUUUUAAUAGAAGACCGUCGAUGAUUUUGGAAAAUCUGAGGAUAUACACUUGAUUGUUUUUUUAUACACCUGACCCAAGACGACCUCGUGACCUGGCCUGUCCGACGCGACCUGGCAAGUGACCCUUCUUCAGGACCUCUGGAUAACCCCAUGCCCUGCAGAGGACAAGUUUUAAUAAGCUUAUUUAUCGCCGUAAUCAUGAGCAGUCGCGACGUUCUAUACCGGACGGUGCUGCGGGGUGCCCAGCCGGAGUCCCCCCAGGUCACCCCGUCCUCGACUGACCUGUCCCCCAUGUCCAGCCUGGCCUUCACCCUCCACCACGGGGCCUCCCUCUCCCAGACGCCCCGGAGGAAGCUCUCCCUCUCGUCGACCCUCUCCGACACCCCCCAGUCGUGUCACGAGGCGUCGCUCGUCUGUUCGAGUUUCCUCCACGAGUCCUUUGCCUCGGAGGCCGGCCAGGAAGACAGCCCCGUGUCGCCCUCACGCCGCUUCAUGUCCCGCAACAAGGAGAACUUCCCCUCGCCCUACUACUCCCCCUCCCACAGCGCCGUCAUCCCCGCCCGCACCCGCGUCAGCCCCCUGAAGGACGUGCAGAACACCGUCAACAGGAACCUCAACUUCAGUCCCCUCAGCAAGCUGGUGUCUCCUUCGAAGAGGGUCUUCAACUCGCCACAGAAGCCUUCCCCUCCGGAGGACUUCGACACCAACUCGCAGGACAGCGGGUACUCGGAGAGUGGCAAGAAGCUGGAGGACGACUGCUUCAGCGUGCCCGUCAGCUGUGCGCCCCGCAAGCUUAACCUGGACCUGUCGCCAGCUAAGCCCCAGACGAUGGUGUCCCCCGUGAAGCCCGUCGCCGCCCUCACCACCGUCUUCUCCUCCACCACAUCCACACCCGUCUCGUCCACGGCGUCGUCCUCCGAGGACCGCCGGAGGCCCUUCAGGAAGUUCUCCUCCCUAAGCAAGGGCGACGAGGAAGAUGCCCUGCUCAUGGACCUCAUGGACGAGGUGCCCAGCCAGAACGAACAGCAGCCUAUCAUCGGAUUCUCCAGCCUGCUGUCGGCGCCCAUCCAGCCGCCCGCAGCCUCUAAGCCAUCCGCCCUCCCCACAGCCACCACCACAACCACCUUCGGCAACCGCCCCUCCAUCAGAAGGUGCCUCUCCAUGCUCGACACCACGCCCACCUCAUCCAGAGUGCAUUCCCUGAGGCCUUCCCUCGAAUCCAGCCUGUCCUUCAAGCGGCCGCAGCCUCCCACAGACCUCUCGUCGCAGGUGGACUGCAAGCGGCGGAAGGCAGGACGAGCCCGCGUCCCCCCUCACCUCCAACGCCUCCCCCACCGUCGUCUCGGCGACAUCCAGUGAAAACCUCCGGUCCCCGCUCGCACUCCGACAGAACUCCGCCCCCGAGGCAAGCACGACACACACCGUCAAGCCCAAGCUCCAGCGAAGCCACUCCGAGAGCCACGUCUCCAUCAUGAAGGCGUUGAACA